CAAAUUCUGGAGAAUCCUAUUUAGCUGCCGAAAAGAUCGAGGCGGAUUCCGAAGGUGCUAGUCUUUCGAAGCAGCGAUUGGGAUGGCCACCUCAAAGACGGAACCAAUGGAGUCUUUCAAGCCCUACAAGCUCAAGAAAACCCUUGAAGGCCACAAAUGCGCCAUUUCUGCGGUUCAAUUCUCCGACAAUGGCCGCCUCCUUGGCACCUCUUCUGCGGACAAGACCGCCCGGGUUUGGUCCGUAUCUGAAGGCGCCCUUCUCCACGAGUUUCAAGGGCAUGACCAGGGCCUCUCUGACCUCGCCUUCUCCUCCGACGCCAGGUAUAUCGCCACCGCCUCCGACGACAAAACCGCCCGCAUAUGGGACGUUGCUACUGGAUGCCUUGUCAAAACCCUCUCCGGCCACACCAACUACGUGUUCUGCGUCAACUACAACCAUCAAUCCAAUCUACUUGUUUCGGGCUCCUUUGACGAGACGGUCAGAAUUUGGGAUGUGAAGAGCGGGAAGUGCCUCAAGGUGUUGCCGGCGCACUCGGACCCCGUCACCGCCGUGCAUUUCAGUCCAGACGGAAAAUUGAUCGCGUCGAGCAGCUAUGAUGGAUUGUGUAGGAUUUGGGAUGCUUCCACUGGGCAUUGUAUGAAAACCUUGAUUGAUGACGAAAAUCCGCCUGUCAGCUUCGUCAAGUUCUCGCCAAAUGGAAAGUUUAUUCUCGUUGGCACCUUGGAUAAUACAUUGCGUCUUUGGAACUCUUCAACCGGUGAAAUCUUGAAAACAUACCGCGGGCAUGCCAACUCAAAGUACUGCAUUUCUUCAACGUUUUCCAUAACAAACGGGAAAUAUGUUGUCGGCGGCUCUGAAGAUAACUGUGUAUAUAUGUGGGAGCUUCAAUCCAGAAAAAUAGUUCAGAAACUGGAAGGCCACUCUGAUGCUGUUAUAUCAGUGGCAUGCCACCCAACCCAGAACCUGAUUGCUUCUGGCGCUCUCGGGAACGAUAAGACUGUAAAAAUCUGGACUCAGGAGUAGUAGGACUAAUUUAAUUUGUUUACUUACUCCAUUACUCCUAUCUGGUGAUGAUGAGUUUGUGAGGAUGAAUUUCAUUUCUGCACUGAAGACUGAAGUAAAGGCCUUUCAAUCUCUCUCAUCUAUAGUCACAUAUUUCAAUCCCUAGCUAAAAGAUCAUUUCAUUUGUAGUUCCAGAUUGUAUUGUAUAGUAGGUGGUAAAUGGUAAUUGGUAUGCUACAUCAUAUCAAUUCAACUCUGAAUAUCCAAGAUAGAAUAUUGAAGAAAACAUAUUGGUUGAAAACCGGAUCUAACGACUGCAUCAAUAAAUAUUUAGAUUUCGAGUAAUAUUAUAUGUAUUUUUUUAAUUUUAUU